AUGUCGUCAACAAACUCCCCACCCAAUGAGACCGCGAAUCUAGAACAUGCAAUUGUUGGCGAAUUCAAGAGACAGAAGGUUGAGUUGCCCGAGGGUAUGUCAAAAAAUGCUUGGAAAAGGUUGCAGAAACAACAGAGAUGGGAAGAGCAAAAGGAUGACUUUAGAUUGAAGAGAAGAGAGAAAAAGCGAGUCGCACGCCAGAGGAAAUCGGAAAGAAAGAUGAAAGGUUUAGAUGAUGAAGAAAGCAAUUAUCACCAGGAGGCCAAAAAAGAGCUUCCUCAGAAACAAGAGCCAAGUGGUGUCAAUAUCAUAAUGGACUGCGAAUUCGAUGAAUUGAUGAAUGAUAAAGAAAUCGUAUCCAUGAGCAAUCAAAUAACUAGAUGCUACUCAGCCAAAAGACAUUCAAAGUAUGAGGUUGGCCUAACCAUUUCAAGUUUUAACAAAAGACUUAGGCAACGUUUUGAUAAAUCAAUUCAAAAUUAUGCCAAAUGGAAAAACAUACAAUUCGAGGAAAACGAAACUCUUGAGGAUCUCUUACCAGCAGAUGAAAAAGAAAGAGCGAAAUAUGUCUAUUUGACUGCUGACACAGAUGAAGAACUUCUUCAGUUAGAGGAGGGACACACUUAUAUAUUGGGUGGCAUAGUUGAUAAGAAUAGGCACAAAGAACUUUGCUUUAACAAAGCAAAGAAACUUGGCUUGAGGGUUGGAAGGUUGCCGAUUGGGAAGUACAUUCAAAUGAAUAGCCGUCAUGUUUUGGCGACUUCUCAUGUUUAUGAAAUCAUGUGCAUGUGGCUCGAAAAUAAAGAUUGGGAAAAGUCAUUCAAUUCAGUGCUUCCGCCACGAAAACUCAAGAAAGACAACUCAGAAGGGGUUUCUGACGAACUUGUGACCAAGACACAAGAAGCUAACACAGAUGAACUUUAG